AGAAUCCAGAUGACCAAGACAUUGCUGAAGUCUUCAUGCAAAUGCUAGAUGUGAACCACGAUGACAAACUAGAUUUUGCUGAGUAUUUAGUACUGGUGCUGAAGUUGGCAAAAGCAUAUUAUGAGGCAUCCAAGGAUAAAAGAUUCCAAACACAUGGAUCAAAGAGGAGAAGUAAACAUGACUAUAAAGGACUAGAAGAGGAGGGAGAAGAAGGAGAAGAAGAGAGUCUUAGACAGAAGCAUGGUGGAACUGAUGGGAAGAGAAAAGGUGACAGAACGAGAAGCCCAAAUGGAAGAAGAGGGAAAAGACAUGGAUCAAACAGUAGAAAUGACGGCAGAGAUACACACAGGAGAGAAACAGAAAAACACAGGCACCAACAUGACUCAAAUAGAAAGCAAAGGGCUGGUUCUGAUUCCACAGAAAGAAAAGGCAACAGAAGUAAAAAACACAGACAGCCAAAAGACAAAAAUUAUGAUGAAAUCUAUGACAAUAGAAAAUGCAAUAAAGACUGGGAGGCAAGCUACAAACACUGUUACCAUAUAUCAGAGAAUGUUACAUUAGAGCAAAAAGAGGGAAGCAGAAGAAACAGAACAGGCUCCCAGAGCAAGCCCGAGUCCUCCCAUCAUCAGGGAGGCCUCUGGGCUUCGACCUGGACUCCAGAAUGGUCUUCGCUGUCACUGGACUGGCUGGAGCUGGGCUCCCGGGGUCUGUCCUUCCUGGAUGAGUUGUGCCCGGAGCCAUCGGUAUACUGUCCUCUUCCUUCUGAGCCCGAUCUUGCGCUGACCCGUGGUGAGUCGGCCUGGUGUGCACUGGAUCUGUAA